AGGCCAAGUGCAUGUGUUAUUGCGCGGACCAAAAAUCUUCCGAAAGGCGACUGUGAUGCUUGUGUGCACUGUGAUCUUCAGACGGAAGGAGGAUGAUGAUGAUGAUGACGGUCGUGCUUAACAGGGGAAUCUCGGCAUAGAAAACUCAUUUUCCCCCAAAAUAAAAAUGAGGCCCAGUGACAACUUCUUUGUCAUCACAUGGACGACGUUAUUAUCCACCGUAAUAGUCCGAGCAGCAGCAUCGCAGUUAUCUGUGCCGUCAACUGACGAAGCUUCCGUUGUUGUCGCUGAUAGCGGAGAAGUGCCCAGUGGUGACUACUACUUGGACGACGAUGUACUGAACAUUUCCGAAUUGGAAAUCGGAGAUGGACAUUCGGAAUUUGUUGAAUGCCCCUGGACACGCACUGGAAAAUGCUUGUGUGGGCUGUCGAGUGCAAAUGUGUGGGAAUUCUCGUGUCCCUUGGAGUUGCCAGCGGAUCCGAUGAUGACAAAUAGCACGGCUUUCAAUGGGAAUUAUCCCGGGGAAAAUGCGUCAACUUAUUACAGCAUCCACAGUUACCCAGUGACGUUACAAUUCCGCCCGGACUCCUUCGUGCUCGUCAAGUGUGCCUUAGACGCGUCGCCGUCGGACUUCAAAUACCUCGGUGACCACGACUUCAAGAAUGUGGAUCGUGUCGAGUUUUACUCCUGCCCUCCGCCAAAUGGCUCCUACUCUGCUUUGGUGACAUCAAUGGGCAUUAGUCUCGAAGCUGUCGAGUCCUUCAUAGUGGCAGAGUCUGCGUCGAAUUUCGGUGCUGCCCUGAGUUCGUCCAUGCUUUCCGGGAUGAGCAACCUGACGUAUGUUUCGUUUCGGGCUUGUGGGCUCACGUCGGUCCCCGAGGAUAUAUUCGCGUCUUUCGUGAACUUGAGUGUCGUGGAUCUGGCGGAGAACCGGUUGACGAGUUUGCCAGGGAGUCUUUUUCGGAACAACGUGAAUUUGACGGUCGUGGACCUCAGGAAUAAUUUGAUCGAGGAGCUGCCUGAAGAGGUUUUUGGAUCGUCGCCGAACAUGUCUUCGCUCUACUUGAACGGGAACCGGUUUCGGUCAAUCAGUGAGGAUAGUUUCAAGGUACAAAUAAUCUCGGACUUCUACCACCAGGGAAUGAGUGACUUGAAAUUGUUGGAGUUGCGGAACAAUCAUCUUGGACCAAGGAUCAACGCUUCCAUGCUGAAUUCGUUGAGUAGUUUACAAUGGCUAAGCUUGGCGAACAACUCAUUGAACGCACUUACUUCGGAUUUGUUCAACUCCACGAAGCACAUGGAGCGAUUAGUGAUUUCGAGAAACCCUGGUUUAAAAUCGGUUCCUGAAGAUUUAUUGGGGAAUCUGGCAAAUCUAACGUAUCUGAAUAUGGAGGAAAACGGUCUCGAAAGCGUGCCCGGAAAAUUUCUACAGAACAACUCGAAGCUUGUGAAUGUCACUUUCGCUGUUCAGAAUUUGACGACAAUCCCAGGGGAUUUCUUUAGCGCAUGUUCGGUGUUGGAACGACUGGAUUUGUCUGCGAACAAAAUUUCGCACCUGCCGGACAAUGCUUUCAUUGGACUUACGAGUCUGCUGAAGUUGGAUUUGUCCAACAACCUUUUGGACGUCAUCAAUGACUCCGUUUUUGCACCUUUGGAGAAGUUGACUGAGUUGUCCAUUGCGAAUAACAGGGUGACGUCUAUUGGACUGAACGCUUUGCGUUCCAGCAUCGGAUUAAUCUCGAUUGAUGCAAGUCACAAUUUCCUCACAUUCCCACGAUUACUGGCGUCCGGAUUCGCGAGAGCCACACCUUUCGGCGACCGACUAGAACUCAGAACUCUGGACUUGUCGUACAACCAAGUCUCAGAGUUGCACAACGAAUGGAUGACCGUGCUGACCCGACUCCAAACAUUGUCCCUUCGAGGCAAUAAUCUCUCCGUUGUUGCCUACGAUGACCUGUUGUCCGUGUCGCAAAGCAUCCAAGUUGACCUGCGUGACAAUGCUAUUCACACUGUGGAAUUCUACGACACUGGGGUGCUUUCGUUGUUGGACGGGGACCGAAAUGAUGGCGUGUCGCAAGCCGCGCAAGUGGAAGUGUUCUUGGCUGGAAAUCCGUUUGCUUGCGAUUGUCGAUUAUACCAGUUUGUCAAGUUUUUGAAUGCGACGGACAAACGACGGGUUGCAGUGGAUGCGAAUAAUGGUGGAGUGAUGAAAUGCUACAGCCCGGAUUCCUUGGUGAAUACAACUGUGGCUAAAGUGCCGUUGGAAGCCCUGAUUUGUAAUAUGAGCAGAAGUGAUUGUCCACCUGGUUGCAACUGCGUCAUUCAACCGCACGGAAAUAACGUGAGUUAUUGUAAGCGCACGAAGUGUCUGAAUUUGCAAGUGUACCAUAGUGGGGAUCUAUAUGUAGUAGUUGACUGCCACGACAAGACCCAGCCAAUUCCACACGAGUUCCCGAAAGGCACGACGAUCCUUCGCUUGGAAAACAGCACGCUGUCGUCCAUUCUGACGGUGUUCGCGAACAAGACCAAUAAUGCAACACGUACGAUGUCAUCACUGAAAGAACUUCACGCGAGUGACACUCAGUUGGCUAUUUUGGAAAUGCCGGAAGAGUUUCCUGCGUCGCUUCGAUUGCUCGAUAUUAGCAGGAAUAAUUUGACUAGAUUUCCGGCCGCGAAGAUGUCGGCGUUGGUGAAAGCGGUUCCGGAGUUGAAGCUCAAGUUGGCUGGGAAUCCAUGGACGUGUGACUGUGCUACGAAGCCUUACUUCGACUUUUUGUUGGACAAAUUCUCUAGGAUUGAAGACUUUGAAGACGUCAAAUGUGGCGGAGGCGCCGCCGGAAGAAGGCUGAGUGAAUUGCUGCCUGAAGAUUUAUGUCCCGAGGCGUGGAUCAGAACUGCUUGGGUUACCUCAACUCUUGCUGUCAUGUGCGUGAUGUUAUUGAUCAUCACCGCUGCGUAUAUCCGCUACGGGUUCUAUCUGAGGGCUUGGCUGUACGCGAGAACCUGGGGACUGCCGUUGAUUGCCUUACAUGACAAGCUGACGAAGAGAAUCGAGGAUGAAGAAGGUUGCUGCUUCGAUGUAUUCAUCAGCUAUUCCUCCAAGGACGAAGCUUUUGUUGUUGAGGAAUUGAGCCAAGGGUUGGAGCAUGGGAACCCUCCUUACAAACUGAACCUACACUUCAGGGACUGGAAACCAGGCGAAUUCAUUCAGGACCAAGUGUACACUGCUGUGUCGCAGUCUCGACGCACUCUCGUGGUAUUGUCAGAAAACUACGUGAACAGUGUUUGGGGAAGAGCAGAGUUCCGCGUGGCCCACACGAGGGCGCUGCAGGACCGUGUCGAUCGCGUCAUCGUCGUCUUGUUUGGGGACAUGCCGCCGAAAGAAGCUAUGGACGAAUCCCUGCGCACCUAUGUCAACUUGAAGACUUACCUCAAGUGGGGCGACUCACUUUUCUGGGAGCGGUUGAGGUAUGCGUUAUCAAGACCAUUGGCUUCGAGUAAGCGACCAACAACGAACGGGGACGUGAACGGAUCUAUGCUUUUCGAAUGGAAGCAAAUAUUUGGAUCUGUUGCGGAUGAUGCCGACUUUGAACAGCCCACAGCUGUGAUACAAAAUAGAAACAAGAGUCUGAAAACGAAUGAACCGCAACAGCAUUUAAAAACACAUGAGCUAUCAAGAAACGUUAACGAAUGCGAAGAUGUGACAAGAAAUCUCCUUGUAACUGAUUGCUGCUCGAAGAAACGAAUCCGGGUAGAUAAGAAAUGGCUGAAACUCGGCCACUGUGAAGGUCUCCGGGCCACAAUUGUCAUUGCUGAAAUUUUGGAUUACGUGGAAGAAUCGACAGCUUUUCCCGACGAAGAACUGCCAGAGAAAGUUGGAGAUUUAAUCCCGAAAUCAAUCAAUGAACUUCGUGCUUACAUGAGAUAUUUCAACGAAGGCUAUCAGAAACUGUUCAAUGAAAGAGCGAAUGCCGAGUGGAACUUUCAUACGAACACUUCACGGGCCAAUGGAGCCAAAAGGGUGGCAGUCAAUGUGAAAUUUUCCGACUGGGAGAAGCAAGAAUGGCGAUGGAACAUCAGUAGAUUCGACUGGUCAAUUCUCAACAAUGUCGACGAACCCGAACUGAAACGAAUGCACGAACUUUUGGCCGUUUUGGGCAACGCCGCCUUGAAUCGCAAGAAAACCCGUCAAAGAAACCGUCUGGUGACCGACAUGACAUCGAUUUACAGCUCGGCCAAGAUUUGUCCUGCAAACAACCGUGAUUGCAAUCUCACAGCUGACAGCAGCGGUUCAUGGACGCUCGAAUCGACGUUGAAAACAGUUUUCAAAGACUACCAAAGCCGAGAAAAGGCGGAAAAUAUGGCGUAUGCUUGGAAAGCUUGGCGAGACGCGACAGGAAAACACGUCCGGGAGAAAUUCGUCGAAUACGUCCAACUUUCUAAUGAAGCAGCUGUGGCGAACAAGGAUCCGAAAAUUCGGAAUCAAAAAGAUCUUUGGAUUCUGGCCUACGAAACCGAAGAUUUCGAAGAAAAAAUCCAGCAACUUCUUGAAGAACUCAUGCCAUUUUACAAAGAGCUUCACGCAUUUGUGCGACACCGCCUUCGACUUCAUUACGGGGAAGAUUUUCUUGAACCCGAUGGGCUCAUUCCUUCUCACUUGCUCGGUAAUUUGUGGGCCCAAAAGUGGCAAGAAAUCUUCCCGAUUGUCUCCGAAUUCCCCAACGCUUCUUUGGACGUGACUGAAGCUAUGAGAAAACAAAAUUACACGGUCAAGCAAAUGUUCGAGUUGGCUGAUAGAUUUUUCGAAAGCUUGGGGCUGAUAAGUUUGGAGGAAGGAGCCCCGGCUUUCUACAAUCUGUCCAUGCUUCAAAAACCGAAAGAAAAAAAUUUGAAUGUUGUUUGCAACGGAAAUGCCAGAGAUUUUAUGGCGACAGACGAACUUCCU